CCACCCCCCACUAAGCGAAUUAAAAAACGAAACAUUGAUGGUAAAGUGUGAUGCGAGAUGCUGCGAAGGCAACAACUGGCGUACCGCGACCUGUCGAGGUCUUCCUCGUGUUUUCAGCUCUUGUUUCUAGGUGGCAGCACAAAAUGUUAUACAAUGUUGCUAAUGAAUAUCUGUAACUUGAACAUUAUAUGGUACACUGAUGUGGAUUGUUUUGAGCGGUUUUGAGGUGGUGGCUCUUGAAUUUAUUAAGAAGAAGAUUGAAAUUUCAUGAUUUGGUCGAAUUGAUGAAAGAAAUGUGGCUCGUAAUUUUGGUUUUAUGGUGUUUCAGUAGUAGUAGUAGUGUGUUAUGCACAACACCGAAACCGGUUGUUAUGUGGCAUGGAAUGGGUGAUUUUUGUUGUAACCCUCUGAGCCUUGGCAGGGUGAAAUCCGUAAUUGAAGACAGUGUACCGGGCAUUUAUGUGAAAUCUUUGAAAAUUGGAUCAUCUGUUGUGGAGGAUAUUGAAAAUGGCUUCUUCCUAAAUGCAAACAAACAAGUGGAAGAAGUUUGCAAGCAAUUAGCCAGUGAUCCAGAGUUGAAGGAUGGAUAUAACGCACUGGGUUUCUCCCAGGGUGGACAAUUUUUACGUGCAGUUGCUCAGCGUUGCCCGUCACCUCCUGUGUUGAAUCUGAUUUCUUUUGGUGGUCAGCAUCAAGGAAUAUAUGGGUUACCACAUUGCGGGUAUCCAAAUAAGUGGUGUAACUAUAUUCGGGAAGUGCUUACAUAUGGAGCUUACUGGAGCUGGGUUCAGAAUGGUCUCGUUCAGGCUGAAUACUGGCACGAUCCUCUGAAUGAAGAGGAAUACCGGAGUCACAGCAUAUUUCUUGCAGAUAUAAAUAAUGAAAUAGCAAAAAACAAAACUUACAUCAAAAAUCUCUUAAAACUGAAGAAUUUUGUGUUGGUGAAAUUCAAUAAUGAUACUAUUGUUGAACCAAUAGAAACAGAAUGGUUUGGUUUCUACAAACCAGGGCAAAGUUCUGAGGUGAUAACACUUCAGGAAAGUGAGCUUUAUGUUAAGGAUCGUCUUGGACUGCAGCAAAUGGACAAACUUGGUAAACUGAAGUUCUUGGCAGUGUAUGGAGAUCAUUUGCAGUUUGAUGAAGAUUGGUUCAUUCAGAAUAUUGUGGAUAAGUAUUUGAAAUGAGUUAAUGUUCUGUAAAGUUGUUACUGUUACAUCUAACAAGAAAGACGGAAUUGUUGUGUGAUGCGUGUUGUUUAUAAUCAUGGCUUUAACUGUGAUUAGUUUAAAAAAUGUUGUUUUCAGUUAUGUUGGUCUCCAUUGUAUUUUUGUACUAUAUUUUAAGGAGAAAAGGACAUGCUCAAUGUUUCUUGUCUAAACAGGGGUUUGUAAUACAGAUUUAGUCCAAAUCUAUCACAAGGUCACACAUUAUUUGUGAAUAAACAAAGGGUGAAAUUGAAGAAAAAUAUUUAUAAA